AAAUGCAUCUUACUAAAACAUUUACUUGACUUUUUUAUUUUUUUAUGAUUGAAGCUAGCCAUGAAACCAUGCGUUUUCCUCUUCUGAAGUGAGUGCAGGUCAUCUUGAGCCACUGGCUGUGUUGGGUGGCAAAACGAGCAGUAGUGGCAAUGCUCUAAAUUUAGUCGCCCUCCACUUGUGAACUAAAUACCAGUGACAACAGACAAACUGACACCCACCCACCUACCUACUCAGUCAGUCAGGCAAGGCUGCAGCCCCCUCUGCCCACCCUCCCUAUGACACGCUCUAGUAUCAGGAGCAAGAGCACCCACACAGAUUGCACAACGGAGUCUGACCCUCCCAGCUCUCACCUUUCUAACUUCUCACCCUGAAGAGACAAGCACAACUUGAGACUACCCCCUGAGGGUCCUUCAGGACAGGGCCAUCAUGUCACAAUUUUCCACAAUGACAACCAGAGAAAGGAAAAUGCAGGCAGCAGCAAUCUGCAGGGAGGUUCAAGCCCAGGAAGAUGUAGACAUGGAUCUUGGGAAGAAAAUGUGCGUGCCCAAAGACAUCAUGCUGGAAGAACUGUCUCUUGCCUCGAACCGAGGCUCCCGGCUUUUCAAAAUGCGCCAGAGACGCUCCGAAAAAUACACGUUUGAGAGCAUCCAGAAUGACAACAACAAGCAGCUCAAUAGCAGUGUAGUUUCUCAAAUUGAGACUGAAAAUGUCACAGGCAGCAACAGCAGUGAGAAUAAACUGGGUGCGAACCAAUCAUCUAACAUAACAACUGAUACAUCAGAUGCAAAAGUGGUGGCGAAUCCAAGCAGCAUUGCACCAGGAUAUGGAGGUCCUUUGAAAGACAUCCCUCCAGAAAAGUUCAACUGUACAGCAGUGCCUAAGUCGUACCACUCACCCUGGGAACAGGCCAUUAUCAAUGACCCAGCCUUAGCUGACACGCUCGUCAUCCGCAUACCUGAGAUGCAGCCCCGUGCAGACCUACCAGGAUACAAAAGCUUCAACAGGGUAGCAACCCCUUUUGGCGGCUUCAGCAAUGGACCCAGACCUGCUCCCACCAAGCCCCUCCAGAUGGAAAACCUCCCGGAUCUCCCGGACCUCCUGGCCCUCCAGGGGGAAGGUGCAGUAGACCGGCCCUCCUUCAACAGAUCUGCUCUUGGGUGGCUUUCAACAGGUGGUGCAGCCACACUUCCAAAUGCUUCCCUUGAGCCUUUGCUCAUCCCUGAGUCAGAUGACCUCUGAACCCAUAAAGAAGUCACACAGGGAUGUUGUCUAUGUAGUUACUUCAGCAGGGGGAUUUGUGGGCAGGGUGACAUUUCUCUCAGAACAGAGAGAGGCUGAGAAAAGGCAUCAUGUUGGGUGUUGCUGGUUUAAAUUCCAAUAUACACAGCGUCCCUUAAUUCUCCAGAGUUGUCAACUGCUGCAGUGCAAGGAAAUGAUACCUUAUAAAUGAAAAGCAAACACUCCUUGAGAAAAUAAAAGAUAUUGUACAUUGAUGUGCAUAACAGUAUUCUUCCUUGUAAAGACAAUAUUUUGCUCAAUAAAGUGGUGCAGAGUGCAACAGAAACAUUGACUCUUUUUUUAAAAUUUCACCAUAUUCACCCUGAUUAUAAUUUCAAUGUGAUGGAAAGAGCAACUCUGAAGGAUAACUUGGGCAUAUUACGCAGAUCCUAGUCAAACCCAUCACACAAUGUAUCAUGUAAGAGGCCAAAGAUACAUGUGAGCUACUGUUACAUGCCCCAAGGUUACACCGCUUGACAAAUCAAAUCUGCUUCACCGACAUGAGCAAAUUGACUGAUGCUUCUUUCACCUUUUGGCUAUGCCCAGUAGAGGGAGUGUGACUGAUGGACUGAGCUAGAUCUCCUACUUAUUUGCCUUUCUGUAUGUUUUUUAUGUUUCUGCAUUUAGCAGUUCUGAAAGUGAACGUUUAAGCAAUGCGGCUUUUCAGGUAUCGUCUCCUAUUCUGACUUUUCUUUAUUAUAAUACAUAACUGGGUUCUCUUCACAUUUUGGCUUUAAAAAGAUGUUACCUUGAAGAAAAAUUAUUUCUGAAAUCUUGUGUAUUUUUCUGCAUUGAUGCUUUGAUAAUCUAUUGUAUUUGUCAUUUUGUCAUAAGCUACUUCUGAUCUGGUUGUCUGUCUAGUUUAUUGGUUGCUAGAUCAUUAAAACUAAAGGUAUUUAUUGCCAAAUUGAAAGUUCACACCUCUAAAUCACAAACACAGUGCUUAAUUCUGUCUAUUCACAAUUGGAUUUUUUUAUAGCUUUGUCACAGUGGCUCAAAACAACAAUCACUGUUCAACAACAUGAAGAAUCCAAAUCCAAUUUAAUGCCAACUGUGUCAUACACGCAAUGAAAUACUGUUGGGAUUUGGUCCAUGGAAAUCAUCAAAAUACAGAAUUUUUCAGGUAUAAAUUUGUAAUGAAAGAAAAUUUAGAUUAAAAAUGCAUGCUUUUUAUUUAAAUGAGGCUCAGAGGCAUGUAUUUUAAUCGAAAUUUUUGUAGAUAAAUGCAAAGUAAAAAUGGGAUUUUAUAGUAGUAAAUACACUGAAUAUGAAACUCAUUCCUGUGCAUCAGAACGGUUGCAGAUAGCAUGUAGUAUGACAAAUUUGAUUACAUUAAGUGUUGUCUUCUCUUUCUUCAAAACAGAAUUAGGAAAUGUCUCUCAGGUUUCUUGAAGGCAUGUGACUAAGUCCAGCGUCAGCAUUCCUCGCCACCAUCACAAGGCUCUUUGGAAUGUGCAGCUCCCGGUUCCACUCCCUCUUUGAGUCCUGCUGAAUACCUCUGGCCAGCCUUCUCCGGGGAGUUGUGUGUAUAGAACACCACCCAGCAUCCGUCAGUGCCAGCAGCUCUGCCAGGGACAUUAAAUAUCUCACAGUGUGUACCAAAAGUAGGCUUGAACUUACUUUGAACUUUAAAGGUAGACAUUAUAAAAAUGUAGCAACGGAAGUAUUAUUAGCAAUAACUGCAGUGUAGGCUGAGGGUCAAGGAGCCAGAGGAUUUUUUACUAUUAAUCCCUGACUGCUAAUGGUUUCCUCUUAGGCAUGUUUGCCUUGGCAUGAGAUGGAAAAGGAAGUGCAAGAGACGCAACACAUUCUCAGACUUGAGCUUUUGCUGGCUUUGUAUUUAGCUAUUGAAAAAAACCAUCUCUGAAUCAAUUCUAUAUUUCAAUAAUUCUUAGUUAUUUUUAGUUAGUUAUUUUUCUUAGUUAAUAAAAAGUCUUAUGGACAUUGAAGUGCCUCUGAGCCUCAUUUAAACAAAAGCCAAUCCAAUUAGAACCUUCACUGAUGGAGAAAUCGAGAGUCUGCUUUUAGUAUAAAAAAUAAACCUAUAAAGACAGAAACACUAAUUCAUUUUUGUGUGCGACAAGUGAGUCACUUGUUCCCUCCAUUUCAUAAGUCACCUCUUGAUUUCACUGUGACCCAACCCCGUCUGAUCUGCUGGCUCUCUGUAUCUACAUCAGCUGUAACAAUGAACUGUGCUGCAGUUGCAGUCACCAUCAUGUUUCAAAGCUAAACUCCCUCGGGUCUCCAUUUGCACACACAGCACCAAGCGCUGAGUGCACUGUUUGCUGCUGACACAGACAACUGCUAAAAGGCUGAGCCACUUGACCAGCCAAUAUCCCAGAAGGAUUCCUCUAAGUAUGUAUGGACUAAGCGAGAAAACAAAUGUGCUGUGAACUAACUGCAAGGGCACUAUGCCUCACCUAGAGGAAGACAUAUGAUCCUUUCAAGGGUAUAGCAAGCACUUUUAAAGCAAUCCUCAACAACACAUGUUGGAACUCUUGAAUUAACCUUGUAAUAGUGUAAUAGCUCCAUGCAUGGCUAAUCUAGUGUUUCACCAUUAUAGUUUAUGUCUUUCUCUCUUGAUGGUAAGACAGAGUAGCUGAGCUUGACGUCUUGGAAAAGAAAAAGCAAAACCUGACAGGGUAAUAAUGUGAGGGAAACUCAUAGGUUGGUCGGAUGGUGCUGAGGUAAGGUGAGGUGAAGGGUGUCAUGGCCCACAUUCCACCUCUGAUGUCAGGAGGCUGAACUGAGUUGAAGAAAAAUAUCUCAGUUUGUUUACUUUUAAGAGUACAACACGCUUUUGUAAAUGCUCUUUAGUGAACAAACAAAGAUUGUGCCAGUUACUGAGCAUGUGCAAAAAACUGUUAGCGUUUUUAAUUGGACGGGAUCACAAGGUGAAUCCCUGACUUUCUUUUCUUCUUCAAAGACCUUUCAUUAGGGACAGAAAACAAUCGUUGAGUGCUGUGUUCUCAUUAGCUUACACAUCAAACUUCUUACUGUUGAAACCGCUGUGCGAAAGGAUCCUCACAGCUAGGCUAGUAAUUAGCCUGCAUGGUUAAAUGAGCUUUCAAAAUGGUGAUCAUGUUUACUUGCAAAAGCCCUUGAGACCAAUUAGAGCUGUGCUGCCACCCAAUAAUACAGCCUAUGCCUUUUACCCCUGGGGGCUCAUCUCACUUCCUGACUGGUCAAUAUUUGUUAACCUCCUCUCGUUGGUUAACAUUAAGCCAAGAAUCAUUAACUUCCAACAGCAAACACAACAGGUAACUAAAUAGACUGUGAGGCCAAAAGAAAAUGUACAUUUUUUAAGCUAAAAUGUUUUAGAUAAUGGAAAAUAGGUUUACAUGUAUGUUAUGUGGAAAUACAAUGAAAUGUUUAAUUCUAAUUAUGCUGUUUGGAACAGAAUUGUGAAGCCUUUGACUUUCCCAUAGUCACAUACAUAACAGUGGCUGCAGCAUGUUUUCCUGCAUGCUGCUGCUACUGUGGAUACAGCAGACACAGCAGUGAAAUCUAUCACAGUCACCCCUUUGGCUGCUCUCCAGAUCCAGUGUAACCCAGUUAAUUGCAAAACAAAAACAAACACAAAAGAAAACAGAGAGAAAUAAAAAUGCUCAUAUAAACUUUUCUUUAAAAACAAUAUGGAAAAUCCUCACAAUGGUAAGAGAGGACUUCAUUCAAAAGGACACAGAGGAUGUUGAAAGUACAAAGAAUACGCUUGCCAUCAUGGGGCAUUUUGAAACCAUGCUGGGACAUAAUGUGUUUAUAUAAUGUGUUAAGUCAUCAUGAUAGAGCACAAAUACAAUGCCAGUGAAUAUCAACAAGAUACCAACAGAUGUUUUUUGGAUAUUUUUUUCCUCUUUUAAAGAUUGGGCAAAAGGUCUCAAAGAAUUGCUGAGCUAAUAGGCAUGUCAAAUCUGAAGAGUGGUUGUUGUAUAGCAUAAAUGACUAAGGUGUGACAUCCCAUGGCUCCCAUUGGGGUGCUGGAACAUGUUUAAUCUCUUGUGUAACAACAGGGCAUUAACUUCUGUGUGGUUCCUCAUUAUAAGAAAUUAUUAAAGCUUUGCUUUGUUUCAUCGUUGCUCUUUGUGGAGUUUUUCCAAAAACUAAGGGAGAAAGAAAUGUUACUCUCACUGACAAUCUCUCAGUUUGUACCCAUUCAUUCCAACAAU